GCCAAACAUUUUACUAAAACCCCAACACCAGACCCAAACCCAAACCCAACGACCCUCACUGCUCUCUCUGCUCAUCGCUCUCGCCUUUCAAUAAAGAUUGAUUUUUUUUUUCUCUCCUUUCCUAUUCUUGAUUUUGAUUAUAUAAGAUUUUUUUACCCAUAUCUUCUUGAAUCUGAGAUUUCUAGGGUUUUCAGUAUCCAUCCCUUUCUAGGUUUCGUUAAUAACGAACCACAGAUUUGUGUUAUGCGCGUGUAUUUUAUCGCUUUCUGGGCGGAAUUUAUCAUUUUUCUUCUGAAUUCGAAGGACAUUUUGGCCUGUAAGGUUUGAUUUUUGCCCUAACUUUUCAUUUCUCCUUUUAAAAUCUUUGAUUAAUUGGAGUUUAUUUGAGGAAUAAUGAUUGCGUUGGCGAUUCGAUUUUUGUUAUCUUUGAAUCCUCAUAGUGCUCUUUAUAUGCGAAGUAAUCAAACGCUUUCUCAAUUCGGGCGGUUUUAGGGUUUAUCUUGGGACCAGAGAGAACUAAAAGGGUGAAGGGUGAAGAAUUUGGAAUAGUGGAAAAAACUUUUGUAAAACGAAUAUGGUCUAGCUCUUCUCUGAUUUGGGGUAAUCAGAGCCUUGUUGAACGUAUUUUGAUGUCAAUUUAUAUGUGCUUUUUAUCCUAGGAACAGAACCCUGAGGUGCAGUGCUACAAAAAUGGAAUAAUCCAUUCAUUUCUUUUCUUUUUUCCGGCAUAGUUCGAUGAACUGUUGAAGGUCUUUGUCAUUUGAGAUUUUCCUAAUUCGUUGUUAUGAGGAAGAAGAGGAAAGGGAGUGAAACGGAAGCAUGUGCAGAUGUACAAAAUGAAUUAACGCCUAGCCAUGACAAGAAAUCAUCAAAUCUCAGGUCUCAUUAUUCCCUUGAAGAUUACAACAGGUUAAAGAAGAGGUGCAAAGAAGAUGCUGAUAAUGAGCCUGUUAGCUCUUGCAAAAGUAGACUUGCUGGCAUUGCCACUGCCCCACCUUGUGGUGCCUCAUCAUCAUUGGUGCCACCUGGAAGAGGCCUCAAGAGGAAGAUAGGGUGUAUAGAUAAUGCUACCCAGACAGGUAGAAAGAAUAGGAUUGAGGAUGACUUUGUUUCAGGUGCCACUAUUGGGCGAGGUAAAUUUGGUUCAGUUUGGUUGUGUAGAUCUAAGGCAACUGGAGUAGAAUUUGCUUGUAAGACUUUGCGGAAGGGGGAGGAGACAGUUCAUAGGGAGGUGGAGAUAAUGCAGCACUUGUCUGGCCAUCCUGGGGUUGUGACAUUGCAUGCUGUCUACGAGGAGACAGAAUGUUUUCAUCUUGUGAUGGAGUUAUGCUGUGGGGGGCGUUUGAUUGACCAGAUGGUCAAAGAGGGUCGGUACUCAGAACAACGGGCUGCUAAUAUAUUUAAAGAUGUGAUGUCAGUUAUCAAGUAUUGUCAUGAUAUGGGAGUUGUGCACAGAGAUAUAAAACCAGAGAAUGUACUUCUCAUGAGCUCGGGGAAAAUAAAGCUUGCAGAUUUUGGCUUGGCCAUGAGAAUUUCUAAUUGUCAGACAUUGUCUGGUUUGGCUGGAAGUCCAGCAUAUGUUGCCCCAGAAGUUCUUUCAGGAAAUUAUUCUGAGAAGGUUGAUAUAUGGAGUGCUGGUGUCCUACUACAUGCUCUCUUGGUUGGUGUUCUUCCAUUUCAAGGCGACUCCUUAGAAGCUGUUUUUGAGGGCAUCAAGAAUGUGAAACUUGAUUUCCACACAGGAAUAUGGGAGUCCAUAUCUAAGCCUGCCCGUGAUUUAGUUUCAAGAAUGCUAACAAGGGAUGUUUCAGCAAGGAUAACCGCAGAUGAAGUGCUAAGGCACCCAUGGAUGAUUUUCUACACAGAGCGCAUGUUAAAGACACUGUCCAUUAAGUCAAAAAUGAAGAAUCAAGUUGGAGUCAUUUCCUGUCAACCAGCAAGUGCACCUCGAGAGAUGCAUGGAAACAAAGUAGAGAGUGGCUCCCUUGGUGAGGAUUCAAAUCAUCAUUCAUUAUCUGAUAGUUGGAGCAGCAAGUCAGAAGAGCAAGAUGACUUUGGUUUGGUGGAUGCACUUACGGUGGCAGUUUCCCACGUGAAGAUUUCAGAGACAAAGAGGAGCAGGCUGUGUGGGCCUACAGGUCCAAUAGAGCAGCAGCUUUCAUCUAACCUGACAGCUAAAAACCUUUGUAGUGCAUUUUGAUUCUGAUACCUCUAACAAAAUUAUCGCGACUGUUUUCUGAGCUGGGGAUCUAAAACUAACAUGCGCUGGUGCAAUUUUCAGUUGGCAAAGAUGAUUACAGGUCAGCAUAAUAUGUUGAUAUUUCUUCGGAUGAAUAAUUUGAAUGCUUCUUGUAUUUGCAGUCUAAGCUAAUAAUGGUACUAGCCAGAUGAAUUGAGGAAAUUGAUGUACAGCAUCUGUAAAUAGAAUGUCAGUGAGCAAUUUUAUGAUUUAAUUUUUCA